AUGCUCGAAGAUGUCGACAAAAGUCUCACGGAAAGGGCUGUUUGGGAAGAGUUGUCCUCGUUUGGAGCCGUGGAUAGGGUUCAAUUUUUCAGGGAUGGAGGGAGAGAGCACGUCUUCGUGACCUUUUUAAAGGCAGAUGGAGCUCAGAGGGCUCUCGCCGGACACUCGCGGCUUCGCAUCUCAAGUUUGAAUCGUCGCCUGCUAGGCAAAUACGACGCGCCAAGUCGAUACCUCCCAGAGCUACACGACACUCUUCCCGGUCGUUCAAGAUUGCGUCGUGAGGCUCCAUCCGAGCUUCAUGAACGGGAAAUUCGACCUGCAAGACAGCCCCAAAGGCAACAUUCAACUCCGCCAAACCCGACGACGCCAUCACCGUCAAUCAACUUAUCCUCUGCUCGGGCUGAGGUCUCCGCCACCUUACCUGCAAUAGGGACUGACACGAAUCUGCCCUCGCCGAAAAGAGUAGAUCUUCUACAUCGUCUGCAGCCACCAGAUACGAUUCCAAGUGCAGCAGAUGCUGGAGUUGGAACUCCAACUUCUCAAUCUGCAGUGUCUCAUCUCAUAGAUAGAAUCCAUGGCUCUCCGAAUCCUCCAAGCCUCCUCCAACGAGUCCAUGGAGAUAUUCAUUCGGCAUCUCCUGCCGGCACCGCCUCUAUACAAGAAUCAGCACUCUCCGCCCGCUUGUCUCCUAUGAAGCCAUCAAUUCUUCAGCGGGUAGAAGGGGCCCAGCUGCACCGAACGGCCAGCUUAAGCUCCUUGGUAACGAGCAGAUCUGACGGAGAGAUAUCUGUGAAUCUUAUGGAAAGCGAGCCACUUGAACAACGCUAUGAAGAUUCGCGGAAUCACCUUGUUCGAAUACAAGAAGGUCUGGCCAGAAUACAAACCGACCAUAAAUCAAUCGGUGUGCAUCACAAUCAAAGCUUGCAAGAGGAAGAAAGAUCGCGGGUAAGCGAUCCUGAAAUGCACAGCCCCACCAUUAUGUUUCUUAAAGAACGCCUCGCUCUCUCUGAAAAGAUGCUAGAAGAGGAGCGAGAGCGUAGCAAACAGGUUGAGGAGGACCUACGUCGGCAACUUGAUGAUAAAGAACAAGUCAUAGUGAACCUUAGGAGCCAGAUUUCACAUAUCUUUACUGAGGCCGUCGGGGUGCAAGUUUCCUCCACCCCAGCGGAUGCGUUUACUCUCCACCGUUACAGCAACGAAGUCAAACCGGUGGGAGAUACAUCUAUGGAAGGUGUCGAGAUGACACCGCUACACCCUAUGGAUGAGGUAUCUGCACAAUAUCCACGGUCACAAAGGUUUAUACCGCAAUCACAAAUCAUAACCGUGGGACCUGCACUAUUCGAGGCGUUUCGUCGUCUCGAUCAAAUCGUCGGGAUGGUUUCCUCAAGUGGACCUGAUCCAGAAAAUUCAGAGCCUGUGCGAAAGAAGAGGAAGCUCGAUGAAAGCUGA